CGGAAGCAUUAAAUGUUAGGAAUAGAAAAAGCAAAGCAGACAUUUUAAUAUUUUCCUCGAUAUUUUCAUCUUUUAAUUCUUUUUAAAUGUUUUAAAGCGGAAUUAUUGAACUUUCAUCAUUAUCCAAGCGUCAGUAAGUAUUAAACAGUUCUGUUUGGGAGAAAAUAUGGAAGCAGAAAGCGUAAAUACGUCGGAGAAUGACAUUUCAAAUGAUGAUGUUCCUUCUCUUGCUAUGGAUGAAGCUGAAGAAGCUGCAACAGAUGAAGAAAUGAGAUGUUGUAAACAUUGCAACUAUCAAGCUCCAGAUUGGCCGGUAUCAACCUUUUUACAUUGACUUUCUACACUAACUCAUGUAUCUCUGUUAAUUCAUAGUUUAUAAUAGAAAAGAGAGUUUGGAAAUUCAUUAGAAUGGCAGUAUAUUAUCAUUACCUAUAAUUAAUAGCUGUCCAAAAAUUUUAAGGAAAAAGAAAGUCUGAUUAAACACAAUCCGAACUGGACGUCUGAACUGCAUUUCACUUUCCGCAUGCAGCACCUUUACGUACCAUCCAGACUGCAUUUUCUCCACCGCGCGCGGAAGAUCUUCCGCGCGCAUUUUUUAUGCUUUCUAUAUAUUUACUAUUAAAUUUUCGAAAUCUUCCGCGCGCAGUUUCCAAACUUUACAAUCUGGCGUACCAUAUACGCUAAUGGCAAGCUCGGUAAAAGCUAGCGCAAACAAACAUUUUAAUAUUUAACAAAACUCACUAUUGCUGGCCAUUUAGUAUUUGACUGUGACCGGCUGCCAGUUGUUUAGUUGCUGAAUUAAGGUCAACAGGGAAGGUCGGUGCACAUUAUAUUGAUGUGAAUAGUAAAAAUAUGGUACAUUUUCAGAAUGUAUGUUUUGAAAAUUGUUGUGCUAAAUGCAUCGUAUUAUUGUAGAUGUUUGCUGUACAUGUUCUGAAACCAUCCCAUGUGAAGAAGGUUGCUGAAGCAAUGAAAGUCCGUGUUGCAGUUGAUCCAAUUCUUACCAACAUCACUUGUGAGGUACAAUAUUUGCGCAAUGAAGAAUUUGAUUAUAAACGUUUUUGAUUCUGUUUAACCAAAAAAUCUGACAAUGUCUCUAGUUAACGCAUCAAGCCGCAAUGUGUCCCAGUGUGGCCUACUCAUUUAUUUUAUUUGUCUAUAAACGCCAGGCGCCAUUACUCGUCAAUGGGGAAGCUCUGCAGCUUAAUGGGUUAAUGAAUAAAAAGACGUAUUGACAUUGACUCUUAACAUGACAUUGUUUUGUCAAUAAAUAAAGUGUUAUAAUUGUUUAGGUUUGUGACGUCACCUGCUGUGGCUAUAUACCUUGGAAUGCACACUUAAUGGGAAGCAGACAUCGAAGGGUAUAAAUCUAACUAAUGUUUUAUUAACAUUUUGUGUGUAAAAAGUCCAUAGAUGCCUAUUGGAAAUGUUCCAGAAGCCUUUAGGCACCUAUGGCAUAGAGCUUUAUAGGCUUAUAGGAAUCCUUAUAGGUCACCCAUAGAAAAUGUUCCAAUUGCCUAUAAAAACCUAUACUGUAGGUUUCCUAUUGGUUGGCCUAUAUGCUAGGCCUAUUGACUUUUUUGUAAGGGUAUUAUUGACUUUAUUAUGUUGUUUCCUAGACCAAGGAAGAACAGCAAGAACAAAUGUAUGGGAAGAGAAAGAAUGCAGGUACGUCCUAAUCAUGUCUCGUAAACCAGUUGGGGUCAUUCAUUAUGUAAUAGGGAACUUUAAAGCAAGCAAUGUUUCUGUCAACAUGGAUGUCAGACUUGUUGUCAUUUAUGUUCAAGUUUUCUAGCCCAACUUGAAUCUGCUAAAACCAGAUUUUGAAGGCUUCCCCCUCCCCCCGCCCUUCACAUCCUCUCUUAAUAUGUCCCUGCUCUUCACUUAUGCAUGCAUCACCAUUGUACCAAAUUGUGUUUAUUAGGUGGACCAAUUCGAAAUAACCAGUUUGGUAACAUACACAACAAGAAACCUUAUGACCUCAGACCAAACAACAAACAACAAUCAAGGAAUAUCCAAGCACCUCAAGAAAACGACUUUUCCACCUAUCCACAGCCACUGAUAGGUACAGUAACUUUUAACACAUUGAGUGCCAGUGCUCUCGACUCCUUUGAUGAGUAUGAUGUCUUGCAUUAGGCAAACAUUUUAAUUUCCUGAACAAUUUUUUUUUUGUUUGCACACUAAAAUCACAGAGUGAAAAAUGUUAGAAUGAAAUCCUAUUUUGUAAUAUAACCUGUGAUAUUUUUUAACCAACACAGGUUUGGAAUAUGUAACAGAGACACAACCAAAUGGUAAAAUUCGGUGGUAUCAUUGUUCUAUCUGUGAUGUGAAAUUUGAUGAUAAUCUUAAGUUUCCUCACUUGGUUGGCCAGAAACAUCGAUUGAAUGUGUUGGUAAGUUGUUGUUGCAAAUCUUGCGACAAAUUUUGUUCUCUAAGGAUAGUUCUUACAGUCGCUCUCUGAGACCAUUUCUAUUCAUACAGAAAGCCAAGCGUCCUGAGGUUGUAAAAGACCUAGAUCCAAACAGUAAGAAACGUUCUGAGGUCACUCCAAUCUUGUUGAGAGAAGCGACAAAACUUGAGGUGGACGAAGGCAGGCAACAAAUUAAAUCCACCUUUCCAAAGACAGUUCCGGCAGGUUUGUCAAACAUCAAGCUUUUCAUUUAGUGUUGCAAAGAAGAUCAAACAGUGUGUUUAGCAUAUCAAGUUCUCCCCAUCAUUACCUAUCAUGUGCUUGAUAAUGUAUACAAUUGUAAAAAUCUCACAAUUUGUCAACAAGAUAUGCUCUCAUUGCUUGUUUCCAUUUGUUGACAAGUCUGGAACAAGUUGUUAUCACCUUGUUACAAGGUUGGUGAGGCCAGCAGACUUGCAACAAGUUGUUCCAGCAAAGGCUGUCACACAUAACAAGUUGUUAACAAUUUGAUGACAACAAGCUUCAGUUAGUUAAGGUUACUUCACACGAUGAACGUGCGUUUUAGUCUAUUGGACAUUGCUCAACGACUUUUAGGUGUAACUUUACCAAAUUUUCAGUGAAGAAAGCCAGGAAAAUGCUGAUUUCGACAAUUUUUAUUUGAUGGGUGUUCUGUUUAAACAUUUUCAGUAUUGGCUGACUGAGUAAAUAUGUAGGUACAUUCAUAAAAAAAAUCAAAAUAUGUUUAUAGUUUACCUCAACGGUUGUCUAGAUAUCGCAAUUCAAAUCUUCAUAGGCAUGGUAAAAAAAACGUGUGCGGAAAAUUUCUCUUCUUUAGUGGUUUUUCUGAUAUGCCCUGAUUCUUGGAUUUGUCACGUGAUAAUUCACGAAGUUGUCAAAGAAAACGUCAUAUCAGAAAAACCAUUGAAGAAGAGAAAUUUUCCGCACACGUUUUUUUUACCAUACCUAUGAAGAUUCAAAUCGAUAUAUGUAGACAAACGUUGAGGUAAACUAUAAAUAUAUUUUGAUUUUUUUAUGGGAUACUUAUGUAUUUCUUUGGUCAGCCAAUACUGGACAUGUUUAAACAGAACACCCAUCAAAUGAAGAUUUUCGAAAUCAGCAUUUUAUUGGCUUUCUUCACUAAAAAUUUGGUAAAGAUACAGAUCGGAAGAUUCGUUGCGCCAUGUUCAAUAGACUAAAACGCACGUUCAUUUAAAGGGAAAUGGCAAUAUAUUUUUUUAUUUUCUCGUUUGAAAGAACAUUUAAAACCAUAUAUAGAACUUUUUCACCGUUUUUUCAUAUCUUGCUUACUUCUACAAAUAUUUUAAUCGAAAGAAAUCAAAUGUCCGCCAUCUUGGAUUUUUGUGGAUAUGCAUGUUACGUCACAACAGGGAUCAUGCAAUAUUUUUAUCUAGACAACCACUAAUCAUUUUGCACUCAAAAUUAUACUCUGUAUGCUCUUGGAAAUAUCAAAAUCACUUGAAACGUUUAAAACAUCUACCAAUCAAAAUUUGGUCAGUAACGAAUACUUUUAUAUGGUUAAUCCCUGUUGUGACGUCACCAAAACUACCGUUAAUGAGAUCAAAAUUUUAUCCAAGAUGGCUGACAUCUCAUUACUUGAAGUGAAAAUAUUUCAAGAACUAAGCAAGAUAUGAAGAAUCGGUAAAAGAAGUUAUUAAAUAGUUUCAAAAGUUCUUUCAAAUGAGAAAAUAAAAAAAUAUAUUGCCAUUUCCCUUUAAGCUAUAUUAACAAGCUAUAUUAGUCUGGUUAUCAACCUCAUAUGUUCUUUUCUCAGGUCGGGGAAUCAAGCGUGGUAGAGGGGGUAACCGUGGUACUCGAGGUACAACAAGAGGUGGACGUGGUAACAAAGGGAUGUCAAAUUCCAGAGGAAGGGGGUACAACAUGGGACAAUACUCCACGCAAGCAGGACAUGAUAACUACUCGACAUAUAGUGAUUCUUAUGCAAAUAAUUUGUACGGCAGUAACUUGUCAUACAACUCUGCAUAUAAUGCAAAUUUUGAAAAUCCUGACUAUGGCAGAAACUAUCAACAGAGGUCAGUUUUUUCAUGAUUGCUUUGUAACUAAGAUCAUGUUCUUUUUACGCUUGUUAUUGUAUGUUUUAUUUUAUGUCAUUAUAAGAGAUGAUCGUUACUGGAUCUUUAGGGAAAACUGUUUAGAACUGAUACUGUUCGGACUGUGGCCAGUAUGAAUAAUAGUUGCCUUGUUUAUUUGUUUCAGCUAUGACAGCGGCCAAUCUCACUAUGCUGGUGGACAACCUUACUCCACAGCUGCUCACUCCGGUCACUCAUACUCCAGUCAGUCAUACUCGAACAAUGGACAAUCAUACUCCAGUCAAAAUGAGCCAUCCAGUGGAUUGGAAGCUAAAGUAAACUAUUUUCUUGUAUUCUGUGAAGUUUUAUAUCUUUCUACGUAGUGAAUCUUGUGUCUACUGUAGCCAGACAGACAUUGUUGACCUGACUGUAAUUUUAUGUUCUGUUUUUUUAGUCAAGUAUUUCUGCCAACCUAGCGGCUGCUCUUGGUGAUCUGGUAAGUUUGUGUAUUUUGUAUUUACUGCAGUACCAGUCACUCAUGCAAACCUUCAUCCUCGCUUCAAAACUUUACUUCAAUUUUUUUAGACUAAACUUGUUCAGAAUGAAGACGAUGCAUCUGUCGCCUUCCACGUCUCAAAUGCUUUGACUCAGUCGCUGUUACAAUUCAGAACGACGGACCAAAUAUGAAUUUAUUCCACUAACUUGGCUCUCUGAAACUGUGUAACGUGAACACUAGCUAUGAAACAGUUUUUAAAUUAUGUAAAGUAAAAAUAUAAAAGUCUUGUAUGUUGUAGUGAUCAGAAUGUUCCAUUGUCUUUUCAUUGUUUUGAAAAUCCGGGAAUUAGAAUUGCGGAAAGAUUGAACUUUGAAUAGAAAAUUUCGUCC